GAUAACCAGCUGAUCUUACUAAGAUGUAAACAUACCGCUCGCAUCAGUCAUCAUUCUAUCGUAGAUUUCGUCUUCUUGGUAGCAAGAUAUUGGCGGGAAACCAAUUUUGACGCGCCGAAAACAAGCUUCGCUGGAUUUAUCAUGAUAAAUUGGAAAAUUGCGAACCAUUUAAAGUCAGCUCAUAUUGACAUGUUCAUCUCUACAUUUUGAGCAGGAUAUUGAAGUAAAGAAUUCGCUUUGUUUUUUCACCAAUGCAUUAGACAAAUCUUCGGGAUAGUGGGGACGAGAUUUCCAGGCAGAUGGCAUCGAUGUACAGAAAUUUCCAAAAGGUGAAGGACGAUGACCGAGUGAGUGACGAGGGAGAUACUGAAGACAGCGGGGACGACAACAUGCGUGAUCGCAGCUGCGUCGAUACGGAGGAUGACGUCAACCAAAUGACAGACUUAGAUGCUGAUGAAUCAAGUAUGUCAGCCAGGUUGGGACCACUACCAAAGGGACAGAUAGCUAACCUACAGCGCAAGAAAGCUGCACAGAACGGACGCGAUCAACCAGUCAAGAAUUCAAAUAGAGGCAAAGCAUAUAAUAACCAACGAGGUCAGAACAACCUGCCCAGUAUGAACAAUACAAAGUCAAGAGACAGUAACGCCAAUGAUGUUUCCUCGGAUAUAACAACCACGACUACGAGAAAUGUUCCUUUGAGCGGAAUGGAUGGAGAUGCUGAAGAUGAAUCUGAUGAGGAUACAUUGAGUGAGAGUGAGUGCAGUGGAAACUGUCUUUGUUGUUCAUCGAUUGCUUCCUACCAAGGUAUCCCAUGGACAAUUCGCCGGCCUAGUUCUGCUGAGACGACAGAGUAUGAUAGUGAUAGCUCAGAGUGCAGUGAUUAUGAAGAUGAUCGUUACCGAUCUAAGAGAGCGCCUCUACACGCCCGUCUUAGUCCAUUUUUCCACCAGGAAUGCAGUCACUCAGAAAGUAGUUCACCUCUGGAUGAAGAUGUUGAAGAGGUUGAAAAGAGGCCAGUUAAGAGGAUGAGCCCUCUUGGGUGUGAAAGUCCAAGUAAAACCGAUGCUCUCCCGGAAGCCAAACGAGACAGCAAACCAAAAUCACCUGUCAAAGGGGCCAAGAGUAGUCCACCCAAACCAGCUCCAAAGCCUGCCAGCAAACCAACUCCACCAGCUCCAAAAGCUAAACCAGAAAAAUCAAAAGAAAUAGUGAAACCAGAACGAAAAGAAAAGGACAAGACACAAAAGCAAGAAGUUAGUUUAUCGGAAGCAGUUGCACUUGGGGCUGUGGCAAGGUCGGAAAAAUCUGUAGAAAAAUCAAAGAAGAAGAGUGAAGAUAACACAGAAUCUAGUAAGCAAAAAAGCAGACACGUGUCGAAAACAGCAAUAGUGUUGCUUGACCCUGAGGCAGAAUUUAAAGAUGGGGAUACUAUAAAAAAGAAAUCAAAUUUCCUUCCGCAGCAACAACCGAUAGAAGUCCCAUUGUCUUAUGUUGAUAAAAAUGGUAGAAUCACUCUCACACCAGAUCCCAAGCUUGCUCCAGAAGCUUAUAAAGCAGGAAAAACUAUUACAUUUAGGGUAAGGGCUGCAAGCAGUAAUAAUGCCCCAUCUACUCCAGAUGGGUCAAUGAUUUUUACUCCAACCUCACCAGGGACCAAGCCAACCUUCGAUAAUCCGCCACCAAUGCCACAGCCAAUAGUGAAGCCAGUCCUUGGCAAGACCGUGCUACGGGUGGGAUCCACAGAGUCACCACCAGUUAGUCUGUCAGCAGAAGAGAUAGGUCAUGAACAUCAAAUCCAGGUGAGUCCUGAAGGAAUAAUCCGACUCAGCAAGCGCAAACCUGUUCCCAUGCAAGUGUUUCUGCCACAGUUUCAACAACAGCAGUCUCAGCAGCAGCCAGCGACAAUAAGGCUAACUAGUGGUGGAGCCACCUCUAGAGGGAAUGAUUCGUGUCCCAGUUGUCAUCGAAAAGCUAGUCCUGGUUUAGUACAACAACUCAGUCAGCCAGCUACAAAUGUGGCAAGCAAUGUCAGAGUUAUCCACAUGUCACCUGGCAUCACACCUUCACCUGUCCAGCCUGCCCAGCCUCAACAACAGAGUCGUGUUCAGGUCAUCCAACGACAAAACUCCAUGGGUUCACCAAUAGGAUCACCACCCAUGGAAGGUCAGCAUGUCAUGGUUCAGCAACAGUCAACCCAGGCACCUCAGAGGCAUGGUCAACACAUAGUGAUCAAAAGACAAGAUUCGGGUAAUCUUCAGUUCCAGGUGCAGCCAGAGCAGCAGAUGCAACAACAAAUGGGGUAUCAACGACAGAUUUAUCCGCAGCAAAGUUACACUCAGCAGACUGGCUAUCCACAGGAGGUCUAUCAACAACAAAGCUACUCACAACCGGGAUAUUCCAGUCCCCAAAUUCAGUUGCAAAGUGAUAGCAUAUCAAUACCGAUCCAGCAAGGCAACCCAACCUAUCACCGGCAGGUAAUCCAUCAGUCUGGGCCUCAUCAACAGGUCCAACCCCAGGUUCAGCAGGUCCAAACUCCAAGCAGCUCUGGAGUAACCACCAUCAGAUUUGGGGAUGGUGCACCCAUCAAGGUCACACCAGGACAAGGAAUGCGAUUCGUCAUUAAUCCAAAGUGAGUUAUACAGUAUAACUAUGGCAUGAAUAAAGAAAAAGAAAUGAAUUCAAAUAAAAUUUAACGUGGUAAGAGGGACUCUUGGUAUCAAAUACCUUGCAGUACCAUGCAGUAUCAUAAAAAAAUGAAAGAAAAGAACUGUUAAACAUGUGUAAUGUUGUAUUUGCUCGUGUAAUAGUUUCAAAGGUUUUCUAUGAUACCGCACAUGCAGUCUAUAGAGACAAUUCUACAUGGAAUCGAUUUCAUUGAAAUUUUCGAUUUCUCCACCAUUUAUUUUGUAUAGAUGAUUUUAAAGUUGCAAAGUAAACCACAGUAGUUCAAUGAAAGUCUUAAUGGAAGAUGAUCUAAAGUUAAAGAGAUAGGCAUUCCAUCUGUCUUAUUAAGACCUAUAAACGUGCGUUGUAAAUUGUGUCUAAAAAAACCCAUAUAAAUAAUAGUUUUUUAAAGAAAAAAUUAGACUUGAUGAUGUUAGUAAGUGAUAAGUCGCCAUAGACAUGAUUGAUGUGUUUGUAAAACUGAAUUAAAGGUCAAGUCCACCCCAGGAAAAUGCUGACUUGAAUAAAUAGAGAAAAAUCGAACUAGCAUAGUGCUGAAAAUUUCAUCAAAAUUGGAUGUAAAAUAAGAAAGUUAUGGCAUUUUAAAGUUUCGCUUAUUUUUCACAAAACAGUGAUAUGCACAACUAGGUGAGUCAGUCGAUGAUGUCCAUCACUCACUAUUUUUUUUUUUUUUUAUUGUUUGAAUUAUACAAUAAUGGAAAUGACUGAAAAUGUUUGUUAACUGCUUUAUCUUUACAAUUUAGUUAAGAGUAACAAAGUUCUAUCGAUAUGCGGGAAGAUUUGGUUUGUGACUACCAUGAUCAAGAGAAGUAAAUUUGCAUAACAUUCUGUAAAACGACGGAGAUUUACGACUUAAACCGAUUUCAACUCCAACUGGUUAAUUAUUCCAGUCCAAUUUGAGGGAUGUAUAUGCAUGAAACGAUUUUCAUUUUGAUUUUUUUUUGUUUAUGUUAGAUGAUAGAAAAGACUCAAACCCGCAGAAUUUGAACAUUUAUUAACAAACCAUUUGCUAAAAUAAUGAUUUUGUUCUUAUAUGUUUAUUCAAUGUGUUUUUAUUUAUUUAUUAAUUUGUUUAACCCAGGUAAUACCAUUCUGUUGACUGUGGUUUAAUCUUAGUGUUUUGAUUAAAUACAUUUCAUCUUUUUUUUAAACUCUGAACAAAAAAAAAUCAUGUAAUUAUUUCAUUCUCGUCCCCGUUAUCAUUUGAAUUCAAUAUUAAGUUAUUUUUUUAUUAUUAUUUAUUGAUUAAUGAUGUGUGUUUUUACAAUGUCAGUAAAUUGAUAUCACACCAUUUUAAUGUUUAGCUGUACACAAUAAUGUAUAUUACAGUAGUUUACUGAGGAGUUACAAUAAAAACGAUAUGUAAUUAUGUCAUGAAUAGUACCUUCAUUUGAAUGAUGAUAUCGAAAAAUAGAAAAAAUAAAAAUGUAUGAAUAUUGGGAAGUUUUAAGCAUGUAAAAUCAAUGUAAGCAAUAGACAGUGUACAUACGAGAAUAGUCAGGAUAGCUGUUUCAUUAUGAGAGGGGAGAGGUUUGUGCAAUUUAUAUAAAAUUCCCGAUUUGUAAGAUAUUGAUGUAACAUGACUAAAGUACUGAUGAAAGGGAUAAAUAGGAAGGUUUUUGACAACUGUUAUGAGCAGUAGUUAUAAUUUUACUGUAAUACACAGCAGUUAUGAUUAAAACGUUAUACCUAAAACUGCAAAAAAAAUGCAUAAAAAUUUACAAAAAGAAAAAAUGGUAUGCAUGUGACAGCGACAUUAUUAAGAAAACGUAAAAAUUCUGUGUACUAUAUACAUAAAUUAUAAUCAAAUGUCAACUGUAGAGGUUGUCUUUUGUGAUUUCAUUUUGUUAUUUUAUAUCCUCUUAUAAAUAUAUGAAAAGGGGGACUAUUUACUCCCGAUAUAGCUGAAAGGGGCUGGCU